AUGAAGGGCAGUGGCUCUUCGCAGAAUGGAUGCCCGUCGGUUGGCAGCCGCAGCUUGGAGCUCAACAAACACCGUCAGAACACAAAGGAUAUUCCGUCGCACCACCAUCCAGGCAAUCAGAAUGUGAGCUGGUCUCCAAUCGGAAGCUUCGCGUCGGCGACCAGCAGCCAUGUGUCUGCGGCGACAGCAGGAGCUUCAAUUGCAACGAGUCCCUACCAACCACAGUACUCGCGGAACAGUCGUGAAUUUCCAAGAGGUGAAGGUCCGCGAAUCGAUGGUACAUACAUUGGCCCUCCAAGCCUGCACUACGAAAAGAUUGAUGGGUCCUUCUAUGUCCGGGAUAAGGAUUUCUUCUUUGAGGGAAAAGUUUUUGCUGUCAUCAUGAAUGAGACGGCAGGCGAAACCACGAAAAUACUACCAAACCCUUUGGACUACAAUACGUCUUCGUCUCUGAAUAGAGUCAAGUACCAAGACAACAUUGUCUACACUAACGUACGACGCUUUGUGGUUGUGCGUCAGAGGCGAGAAUUUUGUUUCGCAUGCCCCAUUUUUACAUAUUCAGGGCGUGCAACGACAAAGCAUGGUGUGAGAGCUGCCGAACACGGAGUUGCUUACUCCUGGGGGUCGGACCCUCAAUUGGUGAAGGGUGAAUCAGGCAUCACAAAAGCAUCAAUCGCUGUCGUGAUGGCCGAUGGUUAUAACGUCAAAGUGAAGGACAUAGGAUAUGUUCCACAAAGUCACAUUCCGACGUUAAUCGGAAAUUGGAAGGAGGAAGACGAUAGAGAGUCAAGGCAAGCGGCAGCAGUCACGGCCGCCGCCGGAGAGCCCGAACUCGAAGUCUUGACCGAAGAGGACGAAGAAGAAGAAGAGCUAGCUGUUCAGCAUACCGGGAAAGGCAAAAUGAAGGCUUUAAGAAAGACUGCUCAGAGUGCUGCGAAGUAUGUCGAUCCUCACAUAUAUCAUGCCUAUCAUCCCAAGUGGAACAAGGAUAGUGUUUACAAGACCCAAGAAGAUGAAAGUGAUGAGGAUGAAGCUGAAGACGAUGAAAGCAGUGACGAGGAUGAAGCUGAAAGUGAUGAGGAUGAAGCUGAAAGUGAUGAGGAUGAAGCUGAAAGCUUGGAGAAGGGCGUCGAUCCAAGUACUGCCGACCUGAUUAAAGUUUACCCGGGAAACAAUAGCCAGGAAGCUACUGAUGUAGACGAUAGCAUACCUAUGGCCUCUCUCCACGCUCAGAUCAUGCGGAAGUUUUCCUUUGCCCUAGACAAGAAAGGAGGUUGGGCUCGAGACCGCCAGGAUUUGAUUACACAGCUACAUGAUGCGUCAACAAGAUUGCAACAUUGGAAUCACAGCAUUCUGGGUCUCGUGGAUAGAACUUUAGAGAUUUUCGACUCUGGUGAGAAGAAAAUCAUAGACACUAUUCUUUCCACUGUGGAGAGUGACCGCCCAUACCUCGCAGGGCUUAUCGCGUCUUAUCUCGAAGAUAUCCUGUCCAAUUUGGACGGCCUCGAGGACAUUGUCACCACAGACUAUUGGACACAGUAG